AUGUUGAAUGACAAAACAAAAACUAAAUCCCUACAAGACAGCAGUCAAAACAGCUAAGCUAUUAAUUAAUACAGAUGCUUUGGAAGUUAUACAUUUACUCCUUGCUAUCAAAAUUUCGAUCCUUUCGCAAGCUUUUUAUGCACUGGAAAUGAUAUUUUCUUAACUUAUACUAAUCCUACUAUUCAAAAUUUUGCUACUUCAGGCUGGAUAUUUUUAAAAGGAAAUGAAAAUUAAAAUUAUAACAUUUUAACUGUCUUAUAAGGUAGCUAAGUUUUAUUUAGAGUCAAAUAUAAUAUACCAGGUAAUUAUUUCUCUGUCUAACUGCAUUCUAAUAGUGCUGUAAAUAUGAUUUAUUCUAGUUUUGCACCAUAUACAAUAAAAUAAUAGUGGUACUUUUUAUAAUUUUAUAUGGAAGUAACUACAGGAUCUUAACUUAAUUUAAAUACAUAUAUUUAUGAAAAUAAAAAUAACUAUUUUAGCUCAUAAUAAUAAAAAUUGGGAAUAGGAUUUAAUUCUUUCAUAGCUGCUGAUUUAGUAUUUGAUUUUGGUAACGGAUAGUCAAUAUAUGAAGGAGGAUUUUUAAGCUAAACUAAUUCAUGUUUUAUGCUUGCAGCAAGAAAGGAUUAAUAAUGUAUAAUUUGUAGAAGCGGCUACUUGUUAGAUUAUUAGAAUAAUAUGAUUUGCGUUACUCCAUCUUCUAGUAAUUAAAGUACCUUAAUAAAUAAUGUAAAAGACUGGACACCUAAGCAGUUUACUUGCCCAAAAAAUAUGAUCUUGGAUAGUUAAAAUAUUUGUAAAUGUUUUUUUUAGUUUUAUAGAAGAGGUGAUGAAUGCUUUCAGUGUUAAAGCUACUGCAAAGGAUGCAUAGAUGCAAAUACAUGCAUAGAAAUGGAUUCUUAAAGAUAAAGUAAUGGAAUAUGCAAGAAUGGAUAUUUUGAUGACGGAUAUACCUGCUUAAAGCCUAAGUUUAUUAUAAGAAGUAGGAUAAAUUAAACAAUUAAUUUAAUUGCAAGUGAUUUGGGUGCUGGAUGUUCUUAAGAUGGUACUUAACCUUCUUACAUAACUGAUAAUUCAAUUUUGAAAAUUUAAAAAGAAAGGGGAUUCUUUUUUUGUUUUAUAAUCUUAGGAUAUAAUUUACUUACUUAAUCCACAAUAGCCUUUAUAUAAGAUAGCGGGAUUGAAUUAUUUACUAUAAUGUUUGAAAUGAACAAUAAUAAUGGAUAUUCUAUGCCAUCUUUUAGUUUAUUUGUAUAGGGGGUCAGAAAAUAAAUAUUAUUUUACAAUUAAAAUAAUUUAGAUUGGUUAUGGAUAGCUUUUUAAACAGAUUUUAAUACAGCUAAUUUUCAUUUAUUUUCUAAUUUGAAUUUAUACACAGCUGUAAUAGAUGUAAAGAGUUAGUUUUCAAGUUACACAGUAAAUGAUCCUUUUUUAUGCAUAGGUAAGUGCUCUUCUCAAUUUUAACCAUCAUAUGCUUGUGCUAAUUAUGGUUUGCUUUAUUACAUUAAUUAAUUAGAUCAGCUAGGAGAUUAUUCUUAAAUUGAAAAUCUUAUUAACCAUUUAACAAACUAAGUAGCAUUUUUUAAGCUAGACUACUCUAAUCUUCCUACUUCUAAUUAUAUUAUUGACCCUAUUUCUUCUCUCAGACUUUAAUCAAAUUUAAAUUUAAUUAUCAAGCGAUUUAAGGGAAUUCAAUUUACUUAGAAUAUAAAUGCUCGAAUUGAAGGAUUAAUAUUGAAUUCUAAUUAUCCCACAUUCUCUUGCAAUAUCUUUAUAGAAAAACUUAGUAUGGAGUAAAUGAUAUUUAAUAUUUAAUCAGGAUCAUAAUAUCUUUAAUACUUUUUAGUUCCAUAUGGGGAAACAAAAGCUUAAAUAAGAAUGUGUCAUGAUAGUUUAUGCAUAGAUACUAAAUAUUCUAUGCUAAAUAUCAACUAAUAAAAUUUUUUAUAUCUCAUUUUUAGAACAAGAGGAUAAAUAAAUUCAUAAACAUUUGAAAAAUUUGAAAUAUUUUGCAAUUAUCAAAGAGAAGAAAUAUAAUUUGCUUAUCCAUCACCAGACAAUAAUCCCAAAACAGCUCUUAUCUUUUAAUAAGUUAAUUAAUUAAAUUUAUAAGACUAAUCUGUUUACAUAAAUAAAAUUAGAAUUGAACUAUAAUCAGGGUCGUAUUAUUAUGAUUAUGAUAAUUCUGAAAGGUGCUUUUUAUUUCGUAAUAUUUUGUAAAUGGAGUGCUUAAUACCUAAAAAAGGUUUUGUAUUCUUUUCGAACAAUUAAAUCAUAUCUGAAGAUGAGUGUAAUAAAAUGACUUCAAUUUUAAAUUCAUUUCAUACUAUAGACCCUUCUGCUCAUGAAUGUGUAGAUACAGGGUUGUCUCCUUAUUGCAUAAUGUUAGAUGAUAGUAGUCAAAAUUUCAUGUGUAUUAAAUGCUAAUAUAGCAGCUAAGAUCCAAGUAAAAAUUGCGAAUGCCCUUUUGGUACCUUUUUAAAUUAAAAGAUACUUUCAUGCUAAAAAUGUAGCCCAAAUUGCUUAACUUGUAUAAAUACAUUUGAUAAUUGUAUAAAAUGUGCGAAUUCUAAUCAGUCUCCACCAUAAUGCUCAUGCUAAGAGUAGAAUUAUUAUUUGGAUGAAAAUUUUACAUGCAAAAUGUGUUCAUAUUAGUGUGAUACAUGUAUUUAAAAUUCUAAUUAUUGUCUAACUUGCUCAAAAGAUAGAGAAAAUCCUCCUAUAUGUAAUUGCAAGCAAUAAUUUAAUGAAGUAAAUAAAAAAUGUGAAAAAAUUGAAUGUGAUUAGAAGUGUUUAACUUGUGUCUCAUCAUCUUCUAACUGUACUCAAUGCAAAAAUGGAAGAAUGGAACUUGCUCAUAAUGCAACUAAGGAUAGUUUUAUGAUUUUUAAACUUAAACUUGUUAAUAAUGCUCAAUAUAGUGCUUAUAAUGUGUGA